AUGCUUCCAACCGCAGAUGAAAACGUCAUCUUGGGUUCUCCCCUCAGAAACCCAUAUCCUGGUUCACAACCUCCUACUCCUCAUUCCUCCUCCGCUGAUAUGAAGAGUACAAGAGAUCCGAAGCUGGGUAGGGACUGGCGAGAGUAUCUGGCACUUGGUAUAUACGUUUGGGGGAUUGAUUUAGUUUGUCUUUACUACCUUUUUUUAGGGAUGCCAUACCUUAGCGAUCUUCACAAUCGAUUCGUGCAGGUGAUCAAAUUCUCAUUCGGAGUAUCGGGAUCUGCCGCUGUCUAUAUGGUAUUCUUUUGUGCAUCUCUCGCCCCUCAACCGACAGACACCAGAUUAGUCAGCUGGUUGAAAGCAAUCGAUAGGAACGCGUUGAUGAUAUCUGGAAUCUGUGGUCUGUACGGUUUCGUUAAAAAAUAA